UAGCCGUAUAUGUGGGAGCCCAUGUCCUGCAGUGUGGCCUGAUGUAAUUAAACUACCAUAUUUCAACACCAUGAAACCAAAGAAGCAGUAUCGUCGAAAGUUAAGAGAAGAAUUUGUUUUUAUUCCUGCAGCUGCUUUAGACUUAUUUGAUUACAUGCUCGCCUUGGAUCCUAGUAAGCGGUGCACAGCUGAGCAGGCUCUUCAGUGUGAGUUCCUACGAGAUGUUGAACCCUCAAAAAUGCCUCCACCAGACCUUCCUUUAUGGCAAGAUUGUCAUGAGUUAUGGAGUAAAAAGCGAAGAAGACAGAAGCAGAUGGGCAUGACUGAUGAUGUUUCCACAAUUAAAGCCCCCAGAAAGGACUUGUCUUUGGGCUUAGAUGACAGCAGAACCAACACACCCCAGGGUGUGUUGCCAUCUACACAACUGAAAUCUCAGGGCAACUCAAAUGUAGCACCUGUAAUAACAGGCCCUGGACAGCAGUUAAACCACAGUGAAUUGGCAAUUCUACUAAACCUACUACAGUCUAAAACAAGUGUUAAUAUGGCUGAUUUUGUCCAAGUAUUGAACAUUAAGGUAAACUCUGAGACUCAACAGCAGCUAAAUAAAAUAAACCUUCCUGCUGGAAUUUUGGCAACAGGUGAAAAACAGACAGAUCCAUCAACACCACAGCAGGAGCCUUCGAAACCAUUGGGAGGAAUUCAGCCUUCUCAGACCGUCCAGCCUAAAGUGGAGACUGAUGCUGCCCAGGCGGCUGUGCAGAGUGCAUUUGCAGUUCUGUUGACUCAGUUAAUAAAGGCUCAACAGUCAAAACAGAAAGAUGUGCUACUAGAAGAACGGGAAAAUGGAUCAGGACAUGAAGCAUCAUUACAACUCAGGCCACCUCCAGAACCUAGCACACCGGUAUCGGGGCAAGAUGACCUCAUUCAGCACCAAGAUAGGAGGAUUUUGGAGUUAACGCCAGAACCAGACCGGCCUCGGAUUCUGCCUCCUGAUCAACGUCCUCCUGAGCCUCCCGAACCACCACCAGUCACUGAGGAAGAUCUGGAUUAUCGGACAGAAAACCAGCAUGUACCUACCACUAGUUCCUCAUUAACUGACCCUCAUGCUGGAGUGAAAGCAGCCCUGUUACAGCUGCUUGCUCAGCACCAGCCCCAGGAUGAUCCCAAAAGAGAAGGUGGUAUUGAUUAUCCAGCAGCAGACACUUAUGUGCCCACUUCAGACUACAAGGACAGCUUUGGAUCCUCUUCUUUCUCUUCUGCUCCUUAUGUUAGCAACGAUGGUCUUGGAAGUAGUUCUGCUCCACCAUUGGAACGACGUAGCUUCGUUGGAAACUCAGAUAUUCAGUCUUUGGAUAACUACAGUACUGCUUCAUCUCAUUCUGGUGGUCCACCUCAGCCUUCUGCCUUUUCUGAGUCAUUUCCCAGUUCAGUAGCUGGAUAUGGAGACAUUUACCUCAAUGCUGGUCCCAUGUUAUUUAGUGGAGACAAGGACCAUAGAUUUGAAUAUAGCCAUGGUCCUAUUGCAGUCCUGGCAAAUAGCAGUGACCCUUCCACAGGGUCAGAGAGUACUCAUCCUUUGCCAGCAAAGAUGCACAACUAUAACUAUGGUGGUAAUUUACAGGAAAAUCCAGGAGGCCCCAGCCUCAUGCAUGGACAGACCUGGACCUCUCCUGCCCAAGGGCCUGGAUAUUCACAAGGAUACAGAGGACACAUUAGCACAUCAGCUGGCAGAGGUCGAGGGAGAGGGUUACCAUUUUGAGUAUCUGUUUUUCCUCAGGCACAUCAUUUUUAUCUGGAAAGACUUUUCUAGCUGCAAUUUAAGGCAGCAGUCCAAGAGACUUGAAUAAUAUUAAUUCAACAACAGCUUUAUUUUUAUGUGGAAAAGGGUCUUGCAUACAAUAGUUUAAAAAAAAAAGAAAAAAAACUUUGCUUAAAUUCAUGCUGUUCUUAAAACUAGAUCUAUUGAUUGUACAUCUUCACAAUUCUAGUUAACAAUUUUAUUUUGUAUUCUUGCAGUUUUAAGUGGAUGCUAAUCUUAGGGACAUAAGCCUUUUAUGACCCUCUUGCAGAUCUUCUGAACUAUGCACAUUUGUGCUUUUUUUGUAAGUUUGGACCAACUUUUAUGUAACAAACAACCCCUUCCUGCCCCCCUCCAGUUUUACAACAAUCAGAAAGGGCACUGAUUUAUUUGGUAUUUUUCUUUUUACAAAGCUACCUUUAGUCAAAGGUCACUGUCAGUCCUUGCACCUGCUUUCAGUGUUAUUGUGAAAGGUGUACUUUGUGCUCAUUUCAGAAAAUAAAACACAACCUUUCUCUUGAUGCAACAGUUUUAUAAAAGAAAA